AUGUUAAAGAACCAAAAGUGGCUCCUGGAAGCCCAAACCCCAUUCAGCUCCAAAGCCCGCAAGCGUCCUCGGCACUCUCGCAACUUAGAUACGGCCCGCCACGCGGCCCGGGUGCCCCAGCAAACUCGCAGGCCUCCGGAAGGCGGGGCGGCGACGCGACCACACAAAGGCUGCGUCAUCAGCAAGGAACAAAAACCUCGCUCAGGUUCUCUGCAAUCCGCCCGCCCGGCCCCGAGAGUGACCUUGGGCGACCCCCAACCCUCGCCGAGCCUCAGUUUCCCUUCCUACUUGGCGAAAGAGGUUCUCCGGCCAGGCCGCGGGUUGGCGAGCGGAUACCCCCACACAAGACAUUUCCCUACUUCCGACGACGGCGCCGCUCCAUGUUCCGACAACCGCGUGCUCUCCGGGAAAGAGGCGGCAGAGGGCCCAAGCCGGAGAAGCGCGGUUCUGCGAGAGGCGGGCGGCCACCAACCCCAGUGCGGGCCGAGAGGCCGCCCGCGCUCCACGCCCGCACCGCCCUGCCCCGCCGCUUCCAUGCUGCGGAGCCCAGCCUUACUUGGAGCUGGGGUUUGCUGCCAGACGCCUCGGCUGAUGAGCUCGGGCAAGGACGUACCGACUCCAGCCGCCGCUGAGGAGACCCGUUCAAGCAAGCCUCCACCGCCUCACGAAGACCCACUUCCGCUCGUCCGGCACCGGCCCGCCCUUCUCAGCCCUUAUUGGCCUCUCCCGCCUUUUCUCCCGUGCUCUACCGGUUUAGGAGGAUAAAUUGCAAUUUUAUUGGGUGAGAAAACCAUCUAUUACCACUUUGAAAUACACCUUCUUCCGGUCACGCCCCCCGCCUGCUUGCGGGAGCUUCCACUUCCCGCGAGAGUGCCGCCAGUCGCGCUCCUCCCACGAGAACUUGGCGGUGUCGUUGCUGAGGCGCGUCGCGAGCUUGCCCGCUGGGUGUUUGACUUUUCGUUUGGCUUCUGACCUGGUAUACGGUGGCCCUUACGGCUGCAUCUAGCCCUAAACCAUAAUCCGUACCCUUCUCCGUCUCCUCGGUCGUUAAUGAGGCGUACCAGAGACUCGCCCAAGGCCCCAAUUUUCUGCUGAUCCACAGGCAACCAGGCCGGGAUUCGCACCAUAAGUGCCAGGCUCUUAGGCAUGUCGGUCCCCGGACUCUCCCUCGCAGGAAUCCCAUCAUCUGGACAGGGGGCUCACCUAUACGUUUGGGAGGCCUACCUGGAGGAAGCUUGAGGACUAGACGAAAGAGAACGUCCAGUUAGACAUUGUGUGUGCUAAAGGCGGGGGAAGGUAGAGCUGGGCAUGCCCAGGAGUCUGCGGGUUAGCUGCCCAAGUGUGUCGGGGCAGAGGCGAGAAAGGCAGGACUCAGAACACAAGUCCCAUGGAAUGCAAAGAACGGCCUCGGGCAAGACCAGGGCCUGGAAUUGGGUCUUAGGACAUCUCAUGUUACAGAAUCUCUCUUACCUGAAUCUGAAAACCAGUAUAAUAACUUUAGGCAAGUCUCAGUCCAUUCACACCUAUUACAGGUUAUCCAUUUUACCUACUUCUGCCGGUUAAUAAGAAUGUGAGUGCUAACAGGUAAUACAAGUCCUGCUGCUCCUGGGCUAGGUGGAGGGAUGGGUUUAGCAACUGGAAAAUGAUCUAUCCAUAGAUAAAUAGCAACUAGAAAGAAAUAGAUGAGGACCCUCAGACUACUUGAGCAGAUGAUUUGAAGGUUAUCCUAAAUGUGGUUGAAUUGCUUCUGUGGGGAUAUAGAUCCUGGAAGAUUGAUUAACAUGGCGAAGCAGAUCAAAACCCGACCGUUAAUAUUUUCCAUAUUACAAUCUCUGACGUUUUAUGGAAUUAUAAGAGAACUUAGGAUAAAGUGUGUAUGAUAAAUACAUACCUGACUCCAGUGUAAAAUGUGUUUUGAUGUUUUGGGCAUGCUUUCCAAAUGUUAUAAAUAGGAAUAAAGAGAACUUA